AUCAAUGGAUGGAAUAGGAGGCAAAACCAGAGAGCUGUUUCAUGGCCAAGCCCAGCUGUACAAACACAUGUACUUCUGGAUGUCUUCGGCAUGUCUGAAGUGUGCUAUUGAGCUUGAAAUACCAGACAUAAUCCACAAGCAUGGCCAACCCGUUUCUCUUUCUCAGUUGGUAUCAGAUCUCAAUGUUCCACCCUCUAAAACUACCUUUGUGAAAGGGCUCAUGCGCUUGCUGGCUCAUAAUGGCCUAUUCACUAUCAUCAAAAGCAACAAUGAAGAAGAAAGUGAGCAAUCAUAUGAUCUCACUUCAGCAUCACAGCUUCUUUUGAGUGGCACAGAUCAUUGCUUAUCUCCAAUGGUUCAGUGGGCCCUUAGGCCUACUAGGCUUGAGAUGUAUCAACAUUUGGGAAAAUGGGUUCGAGGGAAGGAAAAUACACUGAGAGAGACAGCAUUUGGGGUAGGCUUUUAUGACUUCCUUAAUCAAAAUCCUGCAGAUUUGGCGGCCUUCCAGGAAGCAAUGGCUAGUGAUUCCGCAUUCAUGAAAGUGGCACUGAGUGACUUGAAGUCCGUUUUUGAGGGCUUCAGUUCCGUCGUUGAUGUUGGUGGUGGAACUGGCACCACUGCGAAGAUUAUCUGUGAAGCAUUUCCCAAGUUGAAAUGCACAGUGCUUGAUCUUCCUGAAAUUGUUGCAGGUUUAUCUGGAGACACCAAUUUGAGUUUUGUUAGUGGGGACAUGAUCAAAUCCAUCCCUCAUGCUGAUGCAGUUCUGAUUAAGUGGGUUUUGCACGAUUGGGGGGAUGAUGAUUGCAUAAAGAUACUGAAAAAUGCCAAAGAGGCUAUCUGUGGAAAAGACAAGGGAGGAAAAGUGAUCAUCAUAGACACGGUGUUAAAUGAAAAGCAAGACGAGCAUUCACUGAUGGAAACAAAACUCCUUUACAACAUUAUUUUGAUGGCUGAGUUCAAUGCAAAAGAGAGGACUGAGGGAGAAUGGAAGCAACUAUUCCAGAAAGCAGGCUUCACAGAUUACCAUAUGUUUCCUAUAUUGGGCUUUAGGUCUCUCAUUGUGCUUCAUCCUUAG